GUUUUCAUAUAUGGUCACGUAAUCAUGGCAACCUUGACGUACCCAUUCUAAAAACAGACCAGACACUACAGGAGCGCGUGGAGGAAGGUGACGAAGUGUUUUUUUUUAUGCGCAAACGGGAAGACAGCAUUACAACUGCACUUCUUUUCCAAGAAAAAAAUAAAAUAAACAGAGAAGCUAGCACACACCAGAGUGUGUUCACCAAGCGCGUGCGAUCCCCGUGAUGAGCGUGGGUUUACCCAAGAACGCGCGAGACCAUGGAGAGUUUGGAGAGACAGCUGAUAUGCCCUAUUUGCCUUGAGAUCUUCACCAAACCGGUGGUGAUCUUACCGUGCCAGCACAACCUCUGCCGCAAAUGUGCCAAUGACAUCUUUCAGGCCUCAAACCCCUACUUGCCCACACGAGGAGGUUCUACAUUGGGCUCUGGCGGCCGGUUCCGCUGCCCAUCCUGUAGGCAUGAAGUGGUUCUGGAUAGGCAUGGGGUGUAUGGCCUGCAGAGGAACCUGCUGGUGGAGAACAUCAUAGAUAUGUACAAACAGGAAUCCAGCAGCAGCAGUAAGCCUGAACCAGAACUGAAGAAUGAUGUGUUGAUGUGUGAGGAGCAUCAGGAUGAGAAGAUUAAUAUAUAUUGUGUGACCUGCUCUGUUCCCACUUGUUCACUUUGUAAAGUCUUUGGGAGUCAUCAGUCCUGUGAAGUUGCUCCACUCAAAUCUGUUUACGAAACACAGAAAACUGAGUUGUCUGAUGGCGUUGCUGUGUUGGUUGGCAACAAUGACAGAAUUCAGGGCAUCAUCAGUCAGCUAGAGGAAAGCUGCAGAUCUGUGGAGGAGAAUGGACGUCGGCAGAAGUCUCGUGUAUGCGAGUGGUUUGAUCGUCUGUAUGCUCUUCUGGAAGAGCGCAGAGGAGAACUCACACUGAAGAUCACCGCAGAACAGCAGGAGAAACUUGACUACAUCGGUGGCCUACAGCGCAAGUACAGAGAGCACCUGGAUAACACCGCCAAACUAGUGGAGACAGGAAUUCAGACGAUGGAGGAAUCUGAGAUGGCCAUCUUCCUGCAGAACACGAAGCCUCUACUACAAAAGAUAGCAGAAGGCAGGAAUGUUUCUCAUUUAGAAAAGGUGGAACGUGGAUAUGAAAAUAUGGAUCAUUUCACAGUAAACUUCAGCCCUGAACGAAAAGCAAUACUCAGCAUAGAUUUUACCAAAGAUGGUGAUGACAGUGAAGAGGAUGAUGAUGAGGAGGAAGAAUUAGCAGGUACUGUUAUUCCAGAGACUCAGACAUCUUCAGUGGCUAUGCCUGCCCCGGCCCAGCAGAGGAAAACCCCUGUACCGAAUCCUCCACCCAUUGCAGCUUCAGGGGCUACACCCAUCCCAACCCUGCAGAGACACACCCCUGUUCCAGCCUCUCCACCAAUGGCAGCCGACUCCUCACUGAUGUCAGCAAAACCUACCCAAUCAGUGAACACCAACUCAUCAGAGAACACACCCUUAUUUAAACCCAAUCCAGACUCCAGUCUCAACUCUUCCACAGAUGCACCUGCUCAGCCUCAUGGAUCUUCUGAGGUUCUUCCUUCACCUGCUGUUUUUGGCUUCACUGCAGAUAUGUGUCCUGAGCGCCACCUGGAGAAGCUCUACUGAGAAAACUGAAGGAGGUUUUAACACAUUGAUGGGGUUCUCAGAAGCACAGCCUCUAGUUACAGUAGCUGUGCUGAUUUUAUUAUCAUCAUUUGCCUCCAGCAUCACUCUUGGAUCCUGUCUGUGUGUUUUUGGGCGCUUCUUCCUGCUAAUCUGCUACCCAACGCUGCCCUCACGACCUUCACAGCAUCGACAAAUGAAUAUAUGUUCAUCCACACAGCACUGUAAUAAUCCAUGUGUAUUUACUGUACAUUUACUGAGAUGCAUCAUGUAUUGUACUUUUCUUCAAUAAACAGUUUACCAUAUAGAGCCACUGAGGCCCAUCAUUGUGACUAAGACAUCACAAAACUUCACGCAAGCGUUGUCUAAUGAUUGGGGUCACUGUUCUGUGUGAGUAUAACAAGGUUGUGUACAAAAAAUAAAUUAAAAAAUGUU